GGCGAAGUUUUUUUGCAAUAUAAAAAGAAAGGCUUAGCGGGAGAGGCAUGCAAGUCUCCAUAGCGUGCACGGAGCAUAACCUUAAGAAUCGGAAUGGGGAAGACAGACUGAUCAGCAAACAGACCACCACCACUCCAAAUGCGGUCAAUGCAGCCCGAGCAAAAUUCCGGACAGUGGCGAUUAUCGCUCGCAGUUUGGGAACCUUUACCCCCCAGCACCACAUUUCUUUAAAAGAAUCCACCGCAAAGCAGACGGGCAUGAAAUACAGAAACCUUGGGAAAUCUGGAUUAAGAGUGUCUUGUUUGGGACUGGGGACCUGGGUCACAUUUGGAGGUCAAAUUUCAGAUGAGGUGGCUGAACAGCUAAUGACAAUUGCAUAUGAAAGUGGCGUAAAUCUCUUUGACACAGCAGAGGUAUAUGCAGCUGGAAAGGCUGAAAUUAUUUUGGGAAACAUUAUAAAAAAGAAAGGCUGGAGGAGAUCAAGUCUGGUCAUUACAACAAAACUCUACUGGGGUGGAAAAGCUGAAACAGAAAGAGGACUUUCAAGGAAACACAUUAUUGAAGGAUUAAAAGCCUCUCUCCAGAGACUGCAGCUUGAAUAUGUGGAUGUUGUCUUUGCAAAUCGACCAGACGGUAAUACUCCAAUGGAAGAGAUUGUCCGAGCAAUGACACAUGUGAUUGACCGAGGGAUGACAAUGUAUUGGGGGACUUCCCGCUGGAGUGCCAUGGAGAUCAUGGAAGCAUAUUCGGUAGCAAGACAGUUUAACAUGAUCCCACCAGUAUGUGAACAAGCAGAAUACCACCUUUUCCAAAGAGAAAAAGUAGAGGUUCAGUUGCCGGAAUUAUACCACAAGAUAGGAGUUGGAGCAAUGACUUGGUCUCCACUUGCUUGUGGGAUUAUCUCAGGAAAAUAUGCCAGUGGAAUCCCUGAAGGAUCAAGGGCAUCCUUGAAGUGUUAUCAAUGGCUAAAGGAGAAAAUUGUGAGCGAGGAAGGGAGAAAGCAACAAACAAAGCUGAAAGAACUUUUCCCGAUUGCUGAACGCCUUGGAUGCACACUACCUCAGCUAGCAGUAGCGUGGUGUCUUCGUAAUGAAGGUGUGAGUUCUGUUCUCCUUGGAUCAUCCAAUGCGGAGCAAUUGAUAGAAAAUCUUGGUGCCAUACAGGUUCUUCCAAAGAUGACAUCGCACAUUGUGAAUGAAAUUGAUAACAUUUUGGGGAACAAACCCUUCUGCAAGAAGGACUACAGAUCUUAAUGUACUGCAUGAUUAGUCUGGACUGCAUGGCUAAAAAACUGCUCUGUACAUAGUAGUGUACUGAGUUGAUACUAUCCAGUUAUAAUAAAAAUUACUCUGCAAUUGUAAUUUACUAGAUCCUCCA